GAGAAUGACGUGUUGGACUAAGUUAGCCCAACAAUGAAUUUCCACAUGUAAAUAAAUAAACAAAUAAGAAAUUGCAUAGUGAUUGUACUUCUGUAAUUAAAUAUAAACCCUAAACCAAACCAACCAAAUACACCUUUCAAAAAGUCUUCCAUUUCCAUUUACAUAACCAGAAAAAUUAAAGGUAAGCGAAAAGAAAAUGGAGGGUUUGAUUCCGAUGUUCUACAGAGCAAUGAAGAAAAAUAGAGUGAGAAGGCAAUAUUCAGUGCUUUCCCCAAAAGCAGAAGCAGAAGCAGAAGCUUCUGUGUCUUUCAACAUUGCUGAUUUCUACGUGGAUCGGCCUUCAAGCCAUGUCUUUCCCCAUUCCAAAUCGGACGGCAGGGCUUAUCGGAGAUACAACUCAUACGGCGGAUCUACGCCUCAGGACUGGCGGAGGACUGGCGGAGCCGAAGGGAAGUCCGGUCAUGGGCCACCGCAGCAGCAGCUUGUUAGAUUCAGAAGCCAGAGGAUUCUGUGCUGCUUGACUGGGCAAUGAAAUUUGAUGUUGAUCAAUUUGUGAGGGAUUCUUCAACUUUUAAUUAAUUUGUACAGCUUAGUUAAUCAUCAAACUACCUUUCUUUUUCUCUUCUUUAAAUUACUUGAUGUUGAUACUCACUUCAAAUUGAAGUUUUUGUUUUCAUUGAAAUUUUAUGCUUUUCUUCUUUUUUUUGGUUGUUAUGCAUUGCAAAAGUCGGUCAAUAA